AUGGUCGUUGAUGAUAAUGUUGACCGCAGUAGUUGGAUUCAGCGGAUGGAUCGUAUGGUCGAAUUACGCGAUAUUGUCAAUCACCGUAUUCGACGAUCCUCUAAACGAUACGCGGCCUAUUAUAACCAUAAAAGACGUAAUAUUUUGUUUGAAGUAGGUGAUCAAGUCUAUAAACCUACUCACGUCUUGUCGAAAAAAAGUGAGCAGGUUGUGGGUAAAUUAGCACCGCGCUAUGCGGGCCCAUAUGUCAUCUCGAAGGUAGUUACUCUAGUUAUCGUGGAAAUGGAGACCCCCGAGGGCAAAUAUAUUGGUCGUAGCCAUGUAAAAUUUUUAAAAUUAGUUAAGCGAGCCGAAAAUGUCCAUCAGGGGCAAGCCGACGCAAUCGCAUGGAUAAAUGCUUUAUCUAUCACUACUACUUGA